AAUGCUAAAAUGACUGUACUAAUAGGCUACUCAUUUAAGUAGGCUAUGAACCUAUCCUAUACGUCUAAGAGGUACUGCGCCAUCUUAUGAGAUGUUAGGAAGUGAGUUUAACACUUUGAAUCUUUUAUAAAAUGAAACGAGAUAGAACCCCUACCUAGAAACAAAAUUUAUGCAGGUUUUUAUUUUGUAAAUAUCGAAAUACUGUUAAAAAGUAAAUAAAAAAUAAUUAUAGAAAUACUAAAUCCAUUGUUUUUCCUAUCUCGUUUAUUUACAUUGUCACUGUAUGGUGCCACCUAACGGACAUAUUCAAAGUGGAAUAUUCCUAUGAAUAUCCUUUAAUUGAUUUCUGUCAUUUCGAAACACAUUUGAUUGAAUUUGUUAUCUAAACAUUAUGGAUAAAAAAUGUGAAACUUCAAAUUCAAGUGAUGAACCUUGCGAGGAAAUAGAUGUUAAUUUUUCCAGGUCUAAGAAGGGAAAACGUAAAUAUACAAGAGAAUCUUUAGCUGACAGACAAGUUGUUGAAAAACAAAAAAACAAUCGAAAAAAAACAAAAAGGAAUAUUAACAGCAAGGUUGGUGGGAAAACAUUUAACUAUACUGGUAGGAAACGUGAAAAAAAAGAAAAAUGUUCAAAUAAUAAAAUUGGUAACGUUAAUUGCCAUGAAAUGGUUUCUGCCACAACCUCUCAAAUUCACCAACAACUCACAGAUACUUCUCCUCUAUUUGAAGAGUUAGAUGAAGUUCACCAAAAACUGAUUGAAAAUUUAAAAGAAGACUUUAGAGCUGCUUCAAGAAACCAGUUCGUAAGGAAAACUUGGCAAGAAAGGCAAUGUGAUCAGAGAAAAGAAUGGGAAAAUGUUCGAACUGACAUUUUUGAAAGUUAUGUCUCAAAGCAACCUUUCAGAAAUACUUGUUGUAAUGUAUGUCAAAAAGUUUUGGAGUUAGCUGCUGUUCGAUGCAUGACCUGCAAAAAUCACCUGUGCUGGGAUUGUGAUGAUGUUUUGCAUUGUCGACAACCAUUUCACCAUAGAUAUUUGGUCAAUAAGGAAAUUUUGCAGCCAUUGAAACCUUGUGAGUUUUGGGACAAAGAUUGGAAAUCUGUAUUGAAAGAUAUUUGUGUUCCUUGUUUUGUUCCAACUCAGUGUGUGAAAUGUAGCGGCAAAGGAAAUAUGAAACUCAUACCUAACCCUGACCCAAAUCUUCAAAUAGCAGUUGUUAUGCAUCAAGGCCGUUUUGAUUUAAGAGCUGCAAGCUUCUUGUGCAAGGAUUGCAGAGAGAUAACAGACGCUGACAAAAACGACUAUAUUUUUUCUGGAUUUUGGCCUGCACGUGCCACAACAUCUAUCAGUUAUCUGUUUUGCGAAGAAUUAUUUGCUAUGUGGUAUCAUCUGAGGCAUAAAUCCCCUUUGAAUUCUGAAAAAAUGUUUAUCAAUACUAUAGAAGAAAUUUCAAAGGAAUCUGGGAGAAGUCCAAUUGUGAAUGACCCUUUGUUCUCAAGGGCCUUUAAGGAAUGGGAGCUUUGUCGCUUAAAUAUCAAGGUGAAAAUAAAGAAUAUGAGCACAGUGUCUUGUCCCCCUUGUGGGAAAUCUCCCGUAAUGGGCUCUUCAGACGGGAAUGUCAAGUUGAAACGCCAUGCCUCUGCUGGAAAGGUUCUAAAUCCACAAAACGAAAGAGAAAGCAUCCAAGAAGAAGCACUGAGGUUUGGUGACUUGGUAAUUAAAUCGGACAAGGACGUAGCAAAUUUUCGAAACAGAAUUUACACCAAAAUAAAAAAAACACAAAAAAAGGAGAUGUGCGGAGGCUCAGCUUUUAAAGCUGCGAAGGUGGAUUCUUGUAAAAGGUCAAAAUCCGAUGAGACCGGUCUUCUUCUCAGUGUCUGCCGUCAUGGAAUAGGGCUGGGUGCAAUCAACAUGCACGAAGGGGAAUCUAUGACAUACACUUUAUUUCUCCAAAAACUUGUAUUUGGAUUGAACUGCAAAUUUUUCUGCAAUGAUGUCAUUUGCAGAUACGAAAAAUUUGUAAGAAAAGUGGCUAUAGCUUUUCCGGAGUAUCAGCAGAUGACAAGUAAAAUGAAAGGCAUUUUACCCAGAAUGCACGCCAAAGCUCAUCAUUGGCCGUGUCAGAUUCUCUAUAAUCCCCACUGGCAGAAAGGAGCUGGUCUCACUGUUGGUGAGGAGCACGAGCAAGUUUUUUCUAAACUGUCUCUGUAUGGUUAUGUAACGAAGCAUAUGAGCAAAGCAAACCGGAUGGAUUUACUUUCUGCUGCAAUUCUGUACUGGAACUGGGGUAAAAUUGAAAGAAUGCCUUCGAUUCUCAGUAAACGAUUAAAAAGGGCUUCGAAGUGUGUAGCGGUAUAUAAUGAAAAAUUGACCUCUCUGUUGAACUCCAAUCAGUGUAACAUUGAAGAUCUUCCAGAAAUCUUAAAAGAAUUGAAAACAAAAGCCCUGGCUAAUCUUGGAUCACGACAAAACAGAAAGACUCCUUUUAAUAAGCUGAAACGAAACCUUGAGGGGCUUUUCAUUCAAAUGAAGAAUGUCUCUAUUUUUAUCUCCACUCAAGCCGAAUCCUGCAAGACUCGUACGAAGUUCCGGGGAGUGUUAACUAAACUUAAAGGAAAAGCUGUGAAAUUACUUUCACUAAUUAAUUCAAAAUACAGAGCAAUACAUGGAAUAAUUUCGAUGGAUGACUUUGAGAAGGGCAUUUUCCCCUGGGAUGUCAACUCCGAAGAUGAUUCAGAGAAUGAAUCUUCAACUUUGUCACUUAGUCAGAAGUAUGAACUCGUUGAUGCUUGGAUGCUACUGCAAAGAGCCGAGGAGGAGAUCACGCUCUGCAAAAUGGAGAUGAAAGAGUAUAUCUUGUACCUUGACUCAACUCGCUCCUCCUUGAAUAGAAAUCUCAUUGACCAGAACGUUUCAUGCGAGGAAACUAAUGAGUUUAUAGCUGGUAAAGCAAUCUUGAUGCGAUGUGAAAUCGCCAGAUUAGAUGUUAAGAUUCAAGAGUCUCUGGAAACAUUUCAGCUGUAUUCAGAAGCCGACUUUAUUCGUCUCACCCAAUUUGAAGCAAUUGAAGUUCAUUCUGCAGGAGAGGUUGAAAGUGACCUCGAGUCUUACACUUCUGAGGAACCACAUGACUUUGAAAGCUCGCUGACCGAAGAUUCCGAUGAAUUGGAUGAAGACACUGAAGAAGAAAGCCAGGAAUCAUUCGAGUUUACUGAUAGCGAACAAAAUUAAGCUACGUCAGAUUGUAAAACACGGUUCCGAAUAAAACAAAAUGUAUCACGUUAAUAAGAUGAAUUCUAUCGUUGGUGCGUUUUGUACUGAAAAGAUAUGUGAUGUCAGAAUAUACCGUGCUAAAAAUUAAAAAAUUUCUUGCUCC